AUGGAUUAUUCUAGUCGUGACACGGCUCAUAAGCCGUACAGGACUGAUCUGAUUAUCAACUAUAUUUCUGAACAGCUGCGUCUUCUGAUUGCGAAUUCAAUAAUGUCCCCCUAUUUAUCGAAUCUUUCUGAUUAUACGAGUAACCAACGUAUAAAGAUCAGUCAAGAAGUGGAAGAUUACCAGGCCUACACUAGCGCCAUUCAAAUUUUGAUUUUAGAACGUUUAAUCAUCUGUAACCCGAGUUUUACUGUUGAUGACACUAAUUUGAUUCGUGAUCAUUAUAACAUGAUAAAAGCUGCCAACGACCACAAGCACUCAUUGCCAGUUAACUCCAACUUUAGCAACAACGUCCUUAACCCGUCUAUUCCCAAGAACUUUCAGGUUGUUAGAGUUGUUCCUUAUAACUUGUUUUCUGAUGACACUAUUGGUAAUUCUACCUCCGAAUGGAACUGCUUCGAUACUUGGUCAAUGAAUCCUGCAGCUGUCCCCCUAAGUAUUGCCAAUCAUUACUUGAAUUAA